UGCUCCCGGCACCAUGAGCUUCGGCUCGGAGCACUACCUGUGCGCAGCCUCCUCCUACCGCAAGGUGUUCGGAGACGGCUCUCGCCUGUCCUCGCGCCUCUCCGCUGGCGGCGCGGGCACCUUCCGCUCGCAGUCGCUGUCCCGCUGCAAUGUGGCCUCCUCGGCCGCCUGCUCCUCGGCUUCGUCGCUCGGCCUGGGCUUGGCCUACCGCCGCUCGCCGGCGUCCGACGGGCUGGACCUGAGCCAGGCGGCCGCGCGCACCAACGAGUACAAGAUCAUCCGCACCAACGAGAAGGAGCAGCUGCAGGGCCUGAACGACCGCUUCGCCGUGUUCAUCGAGAAGGUGCAUCAGCUGGAGACGCAGAACCGCGCGCUCGAGGCCGAGCUGGCCGCGCUGCGCCAGCGCCACGCCGAGCCCUCGCGCGUCGGGGAGCUUUUCCAGCGCGAGCUUCGCGACCUGCGCGCGCAGCUGGAGGAGGCGAGCUCGGCGCGCGCGCAGGCCCUGCUGGAACGCGAUGGGCUGGCGGAAGAGGUGCAGCGGCUGAGGGCGCGCUGCGAGGAGGAGAGUCGCGGGCGUGAAGGUGCUGAGCGCGCCCUAAAGGCGCAGCAGCGCGACGUGGACGGAGCCACGCUGGCGCGCCUGGAUCUGGAGAAGAAAGUGGAGUCGCUGCUGGACGAGCUGGCAUUUGUGCGCCAGGUGCACGACGAGGAGGUGGCCGAGCUGCUGGCUACGCUGCAGGCUUCUUCCCAGGCCGCGGUCGAAGUGGACGUGGCUGUGGCUAAACCAGACCUGAGUUCCGCGCUGAGGGAGAUCCGUGCCCAGUAUGAGUCCCUGGCUGCCAAGAACCUGCAGUCAGCCGAGGAGUGGUACAAGUCCAAGUUUGCCAACCUGAAUGAGCAGGCAGCUCGCAGCACGGAGGCUAUUCGAGCCAGCCGCGAGGAGAUUCACGAGUACCGGCGCCAGCUGCAGGCACGCACCAUCGAGAUUGAAGGGCUGCGUGGGGCCAAUGAGUCCUUGGAGAGGCAGAUCCUGGAGCUGGAGGAGCGGCACAGCGCGGAGGUGGCUAGCUACCAGGAUAGCAUCGGGCAGCUGGAGAACGACCUGAGGAACACCAAGAGUGAGAUGGCUCGCCACCUCCGGGAAUACCAGGACCUGCUCAAUGUCAAAAUGGCUCUUGACAUUGAGAUAGCAGCUUACAG